AAAUCUAUAUCACCUCUCUGGUUCAGUUUCACGUUCAAAGACGACACCUUUUUGUGAAUUCGAUGAUAUCUGCUUUUCGAAGGGGAAUUUCGUCGAACACCAGACGAGGAUUCUCAGUUCCAGAACUGUUGAGCGUUCUGGUUCGUGUCAUCGUGUUCCCUCUGUCUUUUCUUUGUCUCCUCUCCACAUUUUCUUGAGAAAAUGGUUUGCUUCAGUUGAUUUUCUCGAGAAAAUACAUUGGAGUUUUCUCUUGUCCUUCGUGAAUCGACAUCGAUAUUUAUUCCUCUGUUUCUUCAUUGAAUUGACGGAGUAUAACAAUUUUCUCUUUCUUUUAUAACAUAAAUGGACUGUUUCUGCGGUUCCAAGUGGGAAGGUUUCUGAUGAUCAAUGAAGAGAUUGAAGUUUCUGCCAUUACUGAUCUAAUGAAAAGGGAGAGGAAAAAUCAGAAUUUAAUUCGUAAAAUUUUCACCAUAAAGGGAUGGAAGAAUAAAAACAAGGAGAUUGAAUGUUCAUUUGAUUCCUCCGGUGAUACAAGGAAAGCUUUAUGUUUCUUUGCUGCCAUGGCUCCUCUCCAAAGAACAUUUAUCAGAGCAUGCUCUGAUUCAUCAAUUGAAUCUCUCUUCUUCAGAAGUCCAUCCGCUGCAACAUCAAAUCAGAAUGCUCAGCCCUUCCGAGUUGUUGUCUCAACAUGGAAUGUAGGAGGCAAAUCUCCGCCCAACAACCUAAAUCUGGAUGAUAUUCUUCAGGACCGUAUUCAAGCGGACAUAUAUGUGUUAGGCUUUCAGGAAAUUGUGCCGUUGAAUGCGGGAAAUGUGUUAGUUAUAGAAGAUAAUGGGCCUGCUGGAAAAUGGCUGGCUUUAAUAAAUCAGUCACUGAACCAACAAACACCAGUUGAAGGAAUAAGAUCCACUGCCACUCUUGGUGGCUCACUGUUCUUUCAAAAGCAAUCCCUCAGAAAGAUCAGUAAUACUUUCAGGACAGAGAGUAAGAGCAGGCUGAAGAGUUGCAACUGUGCUCAUGAACUGGAAAAGAAGUAUAGUAAGGAGUUUUGUUUCCGGUGCCCACCGGCACGGUUGAAUAUUAGUGAAGGAGAACUGUCUUCAGAAGAGGAUGAAGAUGGAUCUAGCAGUUUUCCAAUGAUGGAUAUAUCCACUCCGCUCAGUACUAACCAGAUGAACUAUGGUCUUGUAGCAAGUAAGCAAAUGGUGGGAAUUUUCAUCACUAUUUGGAUGAGAACAAGGCUAAUUCAACAUGUAAGCCACUUGAGGAUCUCUUGUGUAAGUCGUGGGAUCAUGGGCUGCCUUGGGAACAAGGGUUGUAUUGCUGUGAGCAUGUUUUUCCAUCAAACAAGCUUCUGCUUUGUGUGUAGUCACCUGGCAUCUGGCGAGAAAGAAGGAGAUGAGCUUAGAAGAAAUUCAGAUGUCAUAGAGAUACUUAAAAACACACAAUUCCCAAGGAUCUGCAGAUCAUCUCAAACUAGGGUGCCUGAUAAAAUUCUAGAACAUGAUCGUGUCGUAUGGCUAGGUGACCUGAAUUACAGGGUUGCAUUAAGCUAUUCAGAGACUAGAAAGUUUAUGCAAGAGAAGAACUGGGAUGCGUUGCUUAGCAAGGAUCAGCUCAUCAUUGAAAGAGAUGCAGGGCGAGUAUUCAAAGGAUGGCACGAAGGAAAGAUCUGUUUUGGACCAACGUACAAGUACUCUUUGAAUUCUGAUUUUUUUGCUGGAGAGAUAGUGGAAAAGAGAAACAAGAGGAGACCAGCAUGGUGUGAUAGAAUACUAUGGCAUGGAGCUGGAAUAAGUCAGCUUUCUUACAUACGUGGAGAGAACCGGUUUUCUGAUCACCGUCCUGUAAAUGCAACAUUUUUGGUAUAUGCUGAGGUUACUGAAUGCGGAUUGUGAGGGAAAACAUCUGGGCCAAACAUCUAGGUGAGAAUUGAAGAGCUCUUACCUCCCACCAAUACCUAG